UUAGUCAUUUAAACUCCAAAAUCGUGGCUGGUGUGUGGUUUUAUUAAUCUCCCAAAUAGUUGAUCUUUCCUUUUGAUUCUAAUUGUUUGUUAUCUUUCAAUUAAUAGAUCUUGAACAAUUGAUCUAAAUGUCAGUUAAUUUGGUUCCUCGUCUCGGUUUGUCUCUAUCAAAACGACUCAUCUCAUCAACAUCAUGUCGAUUAGAUAUCUUCACCAUUCAAGACGAAAAGGACUUCAAAUCCAAAGUGAUCAACAAUAAGAAACCGGUCAUUGUUGAUUUCUACGCUACUUGGUGUAAUCCAUGUAAACAAUUAACUCCACGACUGGAAACUGCAAUGGCGAAUCAAUCGGAGAAGAUAGAUCUUGCAAAAGUAGAUGUUGAUAACCAUGAGGAACUUGCUGGUCAAUACAAAGUCAGUUCAGUCCCUUCAGUAUUUGCAAUUAAAGAUGGAAAAGUCGUAGAUUCAUUCGUUGGGAACAUCGAUGACGAUCAACUUCGUGCCUUUGUUCACAAAUUGUCCGAAUAGUUAAACACUAUCACAAUGUUGGUUUUCCUUUGCCCCAACUUUGACAGAUCAUUUUUUUUUCUUCUGUGUGAUUUAAGCAAUUUCCUCAAUUUCGAUCUAAUUGCGAAGCACAAUUCCCAACUACUCCAUCUAGAUAAAUUAAAUCGAUGGCGAAUUACCAAAGAGCAAAAGCCAUCACUCACCAAUUAAUUUAGAUUUUUUUGUUUGAUAGUUUCCUUUUUUUUGAUUUCUCAUAAUUUCUCAUUGUCAUCUUCGAAACAACCGAUGAUAAUAGCAUAUUGUGAAUACACGAAUUACUGUAAAGAUGAAUAUUCAGUUAACUAUUAUUAUCAUGGUCUUAGUAGUCCAACUGAUUAAAAUCAAUAUGAAAAUAACUGUAAGAAAUAAACGUCCUUUAUUUAACACUUAA